AUAUGGAUGAUUACCAAGUUACUAAGCAUUGGAAGGCGCGAGCAGCACCUACCUCCUGGUCCUCCAACCGUCCCGAUACUCGGAAAUGCCCUCAUGGUCCCGCCCAAGUUCGCUCAACUCAAAUUUACCGAAUGGGCUCGACAAUAUGGUGGCAUUUUUUCCUUGAAGAUUGGUCACGGCACAGUUGUUGUGGUAUCAGAUGCCACAGUUCUGAAAGAAUUCAUGGAUAAGCGAAGCAAUGAAACCUCUGGUCGUCCGUCAUUUUACACUGGAAGUCUCAUAACGGAUGGGUAUUUUAUCGCGGAAGCAGAUUCGACGACGGAUAUCUGGCAUAUGGGCCGAAAAGCGUUACAGACCCUGCUUUCCCCACAAAGUGUGAAUAAACACCUACCAGUCGCGGUAGCAGAGAGUUCACAACUUCUAUUUGAUUUACUCCGUUCACCUCAAGACUUCGAAAAGCACAUCGAUCGUUACACGUUUUCAAUAUUGUUGUCUAUAGCUUUUGGGAAACGCUGCCCUCGCCCUGACACGGAGGAAGAAAGAAUUUUUUAUGAAGGUGUGAGACUCACCGUGCAGGUGGUAUCUGCUGAGGGGCCUCCUGUCGAUCUUCUCCCUAUUCUCAAAUAUGUCCCGGAACGGUGGGCGCCAUGGAAAAGAAUAUGCAGGGAGGCGAGGACACUGCAACGUCGAUUAUAUUUUGGGUUAUUGGAAGAGGCAGAAACAAGGCUCGCCAGAGGAGAAAGUACUGGUUGUUUUAUGGAAGAAGUCAUUCAGCGUCAAGAAGAGCUCGGAAUGUCAAAGGACGCUGCUGCCUGGUUAGGUGCGAUCGUGCUCGAAGCAUCCCAUUCUUCGGGGUCCUUCAUUUCUUCCCUCAUUCUAUGUUUUGUUGCCUUCCCCGAGACACUGCGAAAGGCUCAAAAUGAGAUCGACUCCGUUCUACCGGACGGGCGGCCACCCAUGAUGGAUGACAUUGCAUCACUUCCGUAUCAUCAG